AAGUUAAGUGUAUACUUGAUGUAUGCUUAUAAAUAAAAGAUGUAGUUACAAUACAUUAAUAAAUAUAAAUACUUCUUUUUUCAGAUGUAGAUGGAAAGAAGAUGUUUCCGCUAGCCUUCGUUAUUUUAUCGUCUGUUAUAACCGCUUCGGGCGGAAGUGACGUGGUUCUUGGAGUCCUUGGAAACACAGCGUUCAUUGAGUGCCAAGUUCCAAUUUCUAAGACGUUGAUUUGGUUGAGCGAAAAUGGAAACAUUAUCGCAAUGAAUGGGAAAGUUAUAAAUGAGAACUCGACAAAAUAUUUGAUAGAAACACAGAAUGGUUUACGAGAAUCCUUGGUGAUUCACGACCUCACUCUAGCCGACGACAAUGUAUUUCAGUGCUAUGAUAUCAACAACCAAAGUUUCGUCGAUUCUACAAAACUUAGCGUACUUGCAAAGCCGCCAAUGAUGAAUGCUACAGUAACACCACCGCAGCCGAUGUUAGAAGGAUCGGAAGUGACGUUAUUAUGUGAAGCAGACGGAGGAAAGCCACUUCCGGAAAUCAAAUGGUACAGGAAAUUCUUCAGUCACGUGAUAUGUCCGUAUCAUCACGAACAUCUUCGUAACUGCCUCAAAUGUUUAUCACGUUCAGUUGUUUCUUUUACAGCGGCAAACGGAAGUGUAACGGAGGUAAUCGGUAACGUAACGGAUACAACGUACGCAAACGGAACCGGACAUCGUAUAAACAAACUGACAAUAAACGUCACGAGGGAUAUGUACCAGACGACAUUCAUAUGUAACAUAAGUGUAUCACUACUCUAUCAAGAGACGUUCACUGUUGACGCAGACGUUCUUUUGGCGCCAUCAAAACCGGAAAUUACGUCACGAGAAUAUGACGGAAGUUUUGAUGAAAACUCAGAUUUGAAAUUGGAAUGUGCCGCUAAUGGCGGAAACACUGCGCCAAACAUUUUCUGGCUUAUAGAUGGGAACAGGGUUGGCGAUGUUGAAGUUGUGGUUAAACCUCAUAAAAACGGAACAUCAACUGUAAUAGCGUACUUCAAUAAAAAGAUGACACGUGCUUAUAAUGGUUCCGUUCUGACAUGCGCAGUAACAAAUAAAGUAUUACUGGACCAAAGACUUCCGCCACGUGUUUCAAAAAUCACUUUAUUAGCUUCUUAUAAACCAAAUGUUACCAUAGACCAAGAUGAAUAUAAAACGAGAAAAGCGGAAAACGUCACUUUCAGAUGUUUCGUUGAUGGGAACCCAUUACCACGUUUCGAUCAAUUAUAUUGGACCCAUAAAGGCGCCAUGAUUGACCGGAAAUACUAUUCAUUGUCAAACGGAAGUGAUAUCUUCAGUUUGAAUCUUCGUGACGUUGAAAUUUCGGACGCCGGUUAUUAUACAUGCCAUGCCGUCAACAGACUUGGAGCCGCUUCUAGUUCGCAAGUCAAGCUCACAGUGUUAUACGCACCCGUAUGUGAAUUAAGUUCAGUAAAGAAAGUUGCUGUAAGACUCGGAGAGAAUGCUAGACUCAGUUGCCGCAUGAUGGCGUCACCAAAUGACGUCAUGUUUACAUGGAGAUAUAAAAAGAAUGACGAAAGAAUAAGAAGGAUGCAGGGCACACAUGACACGCAGGGUAGCGAACUUGUGCACAAUGAUCUUGAUCUUACUGUUGGGAGCCAAGUACGUUACGGAGAAAUCGAGUGUUACGGAAAUAACACUGAAGGUGAAUCUGAUAAGCCAUGCCUCUUUGAGAUUGUACCUCCAGGUCCACCAGAAAUUCCAGUCAACUGCUCUACAACAGUAAAUAACAGUGAAAUCCAAGUAAACUGCAAAGCUGGAUUUAACGGAGGAUCUAAACAACACUUUACUCUGCAAAAAUUGGGAAAUUUUGAAUACGAAACUAUGCUUACUGCAGAUUAUCCUAACUUCCGGUUUCAGAGCUACGAAAACGUGACAAUUCGCAUAUGCGCAUUUAAUGAUGAUUUCAAAAACAUACGAAACUGCGCAGUACCAUCGAAUGUUUUC